UGCACUGCAUCCACCCCCUUUCUCUGUGUUCUUCCCCCUCCAAGAUUUGAAGCAAAGGCCAAACCCCACUCAUAAAAUCGGCUCCACCUUCCCUGUCACCAUGCUAAUCCUUCCUCCUCCUCUUCAUCCUUGGUCCGGUCCAUCUCCUCCUUCGCAGCGUCACCGAAAGGGGAGGAAGAUAUCUGCUGUUUCGCCAUCAGAGGGCGAUCCAUCCACCUCCUCGUCGUCGUGUUCGUUCUCUUCUUCUUUUUUGUUCGUGCUGCUGCUCCUUCUUUGCACCCCCGGCAGCUCGGAGUUCUUGGCCGGACAUGGGAGCAAUGCCAAGUUCAGGAUCGAAGAUGUUAUCACUUUGGAUGCAGUUCUUCCAAAGCAGGUGAUGGGCAAGUCAGUAACAGAGACUUCAGAUCUGUUCAGAACCUUCAGAGACCACAAGAACUGACACACAUCUCAGUUCUUGGGUUCCCACUGAUCUCAACAAAUCAUAAAAGCAAACAUCUAGCUGAAUCAAUCUGGUGCAAAAAUGGAGAGUGAAGGUGCUACUAGGCAGAGGAGGAACCCUCUGUUGGUCAGGCCCAAUAAUGCUUCAAAGAGGCAUUUGCAUCAGUAUCAUCAUCGUCAUCAGCAGCAGCAGGCAAAUGCUGAUGCUAAUGCUGCUGACAAGAAGGUUGCCACGUCGAAUUAUUUCAGCAUCGAGGCGUUCCUCGUGCUCGUCUUCCUCACCAUGUCGUUGCUCAUACUGCCGCUGGUGCUGCCUCCGUUGCCUCCGCCGCCGUCGCUGCUGCUGCUGCUGCCGGUCUGCCUGCUCAUCCUGCUAGUCUUGUUGGCCUUCAUGCCGACGGAUGUGCGGAGCAUGGCCUCCUCUUACCUGUAAAUACCUCUCCUAGGGGAAAUUUUUCUUUUUUGCUUAUUAAUUACUAUAUUAUUAUUUUGUUUUUAGUUGUGUAUUUGGCAUAAGAUGAGUGCACUAUGAGGGAGGUUUUUACCUGUAUGCCAUUAAAAAAGAUGGUGCCGGCCUCUGUGCCACUAAAAAUUCAGUCCUUCCUAUAUGCCAUCCUUGAAUUUUAUCGUGCCCUCCACGCCAUUCCGUCGCUAUUCUGUUAGGGUUUAACCGUUAAACAA